AUGCUUCGCGGUACGCAUCUGAGCCAGCAUGAACAAGGGCAGAUCCAGGCUCUUCGUCUCAACAAUUUGACAAUUAGGCGAAUCGCCGCGCAUCUCUCGCGCUUCCGCAACGUCGUGGCCACGUUGUUAAGGAACCUGGGCCUGUACGGGAAGAAUAAAAGGCGCGGUAGGCCCUCCAAACUCACCGCCACGGCUCGACGUGCACUCUUGCGCGAAGCCCACAAAGGGCAUUUAUGUUCUUCAGAGUUGGUUAAGACCCUUAGUCUUCCUGUAACUCCAUCUACUGUGCGAGGUAUCCUACGCGCCACGUCAACUAUUCAGUACAGCAAAAUGUUCCCCGCUCCGAUGAUGCUCCCGAGACACAAAAUUGCACGGGAGCAGUGGUGUCGCGAAAACGUCACUUGGACGGUGUCGUAUUGGAUGAAUGUGGUGUGGUCGGACGAGAAGAAAUUCAACUUGGACCGGCCGGAUGGGUUCGGGUACUAUUGGCACGAUUUACGGACCGACAAGCGGAUGUUCUCAAAACGGCAGCAGGGCGAGGAUUCUGUAAUGGUUUGGGGCGCUUUCCCUAGUACUAAGAAGUGCGAGCUCGCCGUUUUAAACGGAAUGCAGGAUGCUAUUAAGUAUAUAGAUACAUUAGAGUCCUAUCUUUUGCCGUUUAUGGAUUAA